GGAAACACUAGUUAAUAGAACGUGUGGGACAAGACUGAACAGUGCUGACCAAAACAUUGCCCGCUGUCCGCCCAACCUCUACAGCGCCAUCUGUCACUGUUCCUCAUCGCACACACACACAAACACACACACGUUGCCCCACGUGACCUGGGAAAGCCGUGGGCCAUGGGGAACGUCGAGACUACCCUGGGCCAGCUGGAGGUCGACAGGGACAAGAGCGAAGUGUAUGAGGACUGGAUGAUGGCGCCGGGGGAGCUGGACGGGAUGCCAGUGACAGUAUUUUCAGCCGCCCAUCCCUCCUCCUCCCGCAAGCGUCCCUACAUUGAGAGAGCGCUGCAGGCCAGCCGAGUGUACCGUCACCCAGGACUGCUGCGGUACCUGGACGGGGGUGUGGUGGGGGGAGAAGUGGUGGUGGUGACGGAGAGAGCAACACCACUCCGUCACCACAGUCUGGAAAGCUUCUCUCCACUCCAUAUCUCAGCUGGCUUGCAGUCCAUCAUUGAGACGCUGGUCUUCCUUCAUGACCGGGCUGGGGUGAGUCACAAUAAUGUGAGUGCAUCCAGUAUCUUCAUCACGCCCGAUGGAGCCUGGAAGUUGUGGGGUCUCGAGUACUCCUGCAGCUUUGGGAAGUUGACUCGGGACCAUGUGGAGCACAUCAACAGUUACUGCCAGGAGCGAGUGGUGCCUCCUGAUGACAAGACGCGCAUCUCCCCAUCCUACCAGCACGCCCGGGACUCCUACGCCUUUGGGCACCUGGUGGAGGAUGUGCUCACUCCAGAAGUCUUGGCAGAGGUGGGUGGGGCAGCAGACUUUCUGGCUUUGGUGAAGAGGAGCUGCCUCGCCCCAGCCUGGAGCCAGCGGCCGCGCCUCACAGAGCUGGCAGAGCACCCGAUGUUCAGCCACGACUUCCUCAAACUGCACGACACCCUCACCAACAUCCUGCUCCUCACUGACUGCAAAAGAGAGGAGUUCCUGAUGAGUGUGGCGGAGAGUUUGGAGCAGUACCCUGAGGAGCUGGUGUCCAGUACCCUGGCUGGUGCCCUCCUGAGUCGCCCAGUGCUGCUCCACCCAGCUGCUGCCACGCACCUCAUGCCCAGGGUCCUCACGCCCCGCACUGGACCCAGAAGAGAGAAGCCUGACAGUGGUGGGAAUGACGAUGGUGGUGGCGGUGGUGGCGGCGGUGGCGGCAGUGGUGGUGAGGGACUGUUUGGGGAGGAGGUGUUCCAGCGUGACAUCGUUCCCCAGGUGGUGCGUCUGUUUGGGGUGCAUGAUGCCACUGUAAGGGGCAUCCUGCUCACUCACCUGCCCUGCUAUGUGACUCUCGUACCUCAGGAUGUGUUGGCUGAGGAAGUGCUACCAGAACUCCUGCUGGGGAUCCGAGACUCAAGUGAUGCCCUGGUUUCAGCCACCCUGCACGCCCUGGCCCACCUGGUGCCAAUCCUUGGGGCCAGCGUGGUGGUGGGAGAGAACCGGCACAAUCUGUUCACUACUGCUAAGCCAAAGGCAGCUGCUGUCCUUCCUCUCACCAAGUCUGUGUUGUCUAAGGAGCCUCUGACGAACGGCAUCAAGGUUAGCAAGGCCCACGUCACUCCCUCCGCCUCUCCCAGAUCUUCAGAACCAACACCACCACCACCACCACCUCGCUCCAUAUCCCUGGUGGAUGCUGAAGUCACAUCAGACACUGCCUCGCUGGACAACCUCUCCCUGGACAGCCUUGCCCUUGCCCACAUCCCAGAGAGGAGCUCACCAGAUGGUGGAGAAGACAGCACAGAACCGGCUGCCCCUUCCCUUGGACCUCCAGGUGUGGGUGAGGUGGAGGCCUGGUCAUCAGACUGGGAGGACAUGCAGGAAGGAAGUGGCGAGGUGUUCAGUGUGGAGCCCAUCACACCUCCUAAGGGAAUGCUGGGUGGUUGGAGUGUCGAUCUAGGAGGUGGAGAGGAUGCCUUCUCACAUAAACCACAGCCUGAUAGUGUGGACAUUCCUGACAGCGGCCCGUCUCUGCUGCCACCACUCAGCCAGACGCACAAGUCAAACGGCCGGCAGAGCUCAGGGAUGAAGCUCGUGCGUUCCAAGGUUGACACACCACCACCGCCACACAGAACACCAAGUCUUGGGGAGGAAUUUGAUGUGAUGGCCAUUAAGGUCAACAAGAAACGUGAUGCUGAACUGGAUCUCUUUGCUGACUUGGCGCCAAGUUUCACCACCAAGAAGUUUGACCUGGAGACGCUGCUUGUGGAGGCCAACCAGCGGGCUAAGGGCGUCACACACACCCGCACCCCUUCAGUCUCCGAGAUGCUGGCAGGACUGGACACCAACAUGGGGGAAGAUGCGUGGGGGGAUGAGGGGAGCUGGGACAUACCCUCUCCUCCAUCCAAUAACUCCCCUUUGAAGUCAAAGCAGUGGGAUUCUGAGCCUUGGCCGGACCUCACAACCCCAGACCAGCCUUCAGAGUCCAAUGGUGUGACGGAAAGUGUGGUGGUGGGAGGUGUGGUGGGUGGUGUGUCCUUGAGUGCACCUCAGCGGCCGGUGAAGGACAGCUGGGAUGAUGGCUGGGGGGACGACUUCUGAUGGUAGUGGGGAGGACCUUAGCAGUGCCAGACAGUUACCUUAACAUUCCUGCACACCUGAGUUGGGUGACACUGAUAAUGCUGCUGUGAUGUGGCUGCUGUGUGGUGUUCCUUGUGUGUUUGUAUUUGAUUUUUAUGUGGAAAGCGACACAGCACUGCUUAUAUUGACUAGUCAGAUCCCACUCAUGCUGUGAAUUGUUGUGAGUUACAUAGUGUGUUUUUUGGAAGACUUUGUGUAUGAGGAAGCUUGAAAAGACAGUUGCCGGUCACUACAGCUGGUUUCUGCACAAGUGCGUGAAAGGUUGAUGGCAUUUUGAGUGUGAUAGCAUCGUCAUUGUCGAUUAUUUAUGAUUACCUUUUUAAAUUUGUCGGGUGGUGGAGUCCUUGGAAGGUUCUGGUUCUUGUAUACCCAGGCAUUGGUGAUGGCUUGUCUUGGCUGAGGGUGUGUGUGUACAGCAGAGUGGCUGCAGAUGUGAAGCUUGUCUUGGCGGUUUCUUCCUUCUUCGAGAUUUUGUGAAAGGUUUUGAUCCACACUUGUUGUCUUUCAGUAGUAAUCUCCUGAGAAAAAUUGUGUGCAUCUUAUUUUUUCACUUGUUUUCCUUGUUCAUUCACGUGUGUUUUCAGGAAAAGGUUCUGAUCCUCACUUUUAUUUUUUUAUAGCAAUUUCCUGAGAAAGAAUUGCUUGGUUUUCAUUUUUAUCACUUUUCUUGUUCAUUCACUUAUGAUUUUACUUCAAUUUAAUUCAUUCAGUCACUCAUUUUCCUUCUUCACUCUUCACAUGACUCUAUAGCAUCUUGUACUUUGAUUAAACUCCUUGAUUUUUUGUGGCUUGGAAUUUUAAGGGUCUUAAUUUCUAUAGAAACCUUUAUUGGUAUUAUAGUUAUUUACCUUAUAAUUUCUAUAGGGACAUUAGUGUUAUAUUUACCUGAGCAUGAGUCCUCGUGAUAGUUUGUGUGGUGAGAGGAGUGAGGGAUACAGUGUUUGGUGAUGCAACACUGUAAGCAUCACCAAGUUUGUGUGGGUUGAAUGAGGGAUGCAAUGUGUGGUGAUGUAACAAAGAUCUCCCACACAGUCUUGUACAACACCUUGAGGAUUGUAUCACUGUUCUGGAUGAAGCCAUUGUGUGCCACCAGUGUAUUCCUUGUGUUGUCAUCCCAAAGGCCUCGCUCUUUCAGGUCUUGUAAGAGGUGGUGGUUGACAAUUAAGACCUCCCCAGAGAGGACACGCCUGCUGUAGAUGUGGAGGUGUAUGUCUCGAUGGACUUGUUAUUGCCAAGGAUAUGGGUGGUGGAGGCAGUGGGCAUGAGCACCAGCAGGAGGGAGUUGUGCACACUAUUCUUAGCAACCUUCUUCAGGAUGCCCCAGUUGUGCAGGUCUGUUGGUGUCACAUUCCAUAUGUUGUACUGGAAGAUCUCUGUUCACAGGACAGCCUCCCAUAGGUCUCAUAAGGUCCCUCUUCCUAGGCCAGUUCACAGCUUGCUUCCAUUGCUCUACAGUAGAUUGUCUCAAAAAUGUGCUUGUUCAGGAGCUGAGCCUUGGGGGAAUCAAAUGGAUACCUCAUGAGGAUGAAGGCAUUGGCCAGGCCCAGCACCCUGAUGCUGCUGGGUCUCUGCCUCAUGUUGGAGCGUCUUGCCUCCUGCAUGGUGUAGUAGUUCAUGUCGAUGAUCUUGUUCAGGUUCCUCAUCACCACCUUUGUCACUUCCUUCAGCUACUGGAGGUUGUAUGUCUUGUCAGAGUUGGUAUACAUGUUCAUGGUGAUGGGGGCCAAGUUAAUCACUGCAAUCUCAUCAGGAGUACUUCACAAUCUCUGUGCAAAGCUUGGAGCACUUGAUGGUUCCCAGGUUCUGUUGGUUGCUCUUAUGGUUGCAGGAAUCCUUGUAUAACAUGUAAGGAGUGCCCAUCUCUACCUGUGACUCAGGUAUGGUGUACCACAGAGCCUGGGCCUUCACCUUCCUCUUGGCCCGGCCUCCCUUCUCAUAGUUGAUGUACAGCUCCUCAAACUUCUCACCUGCUUGCUUACACCUGGUGAUGAGCAAACACUUUUGGUCUCCCCUUGCCAGGAAUGAGAACACAGUGUUUGGUGACGCAUCACUGCAGGACUCACCAUCACUACCUUUGCUUGCACCUGAUGAUGAGCGUUCAGUUUGGUGAAGCUCCUCGCCUCACCAGCAACUAAAUGAAGUGCACAAAUUUCGACUAUACUGGUAUUUUUAUUUUGGUGACUAUUGCAUUUAUCGUUUUGUACCAUUUUAUAUUGUCAGAUGUUUAUUGUACAUACACCUUAUACUCUGUUCUGUUGCUGUGUACAGAUUGUUGUUUGUUUGCUGUGAUGUCUGUGUUUAUUUAUGUUACAGAUGUGGUGGAUGUUGAUGUUUAUAUGAUUGUUUUGUGCAGACCUGGUGUUUUAAGAGUACAAUACUCCCAUUUCCUAGUGGUCAUGCAGAGUUUUUGUUAGAAUUUUGUGAGAGUCCUGAAAAUAUCCUUGAAAACCCAGAUAACUUCCACUGGAGCCUGACUGAGGUGAUGGGGCAGUAGUGAAAGGCUGUGUGACCUUUCUUAUGUGAUCUUUCCUUUCCAAACAGGUUAUAUUUUUUGUUUUCUUAGGAUGUAAUUAUGUUUUCUAGCAUGAGAUACAAUGUUAAUAAUGAUUUUUUUCAGGUUUUGCAUCCAGAUCCCUUAACUAGUCAGGGGUAGGAUAAAGGACUUGGGUUUUUGGCAUUUGGAAACCAUUACCCUGAGUGAAUGCCCUUCUUAACCUCUGUAAUGGUGAUGCAGAGGUGAAGGAUGAAUGCGUGAUGUUUUUACCGUUCAUUGACAAAACGGUGGAUGCCCUCCUAACCUUGUAAUGAUGAAGUGAUGAUUGAACAUGUGAGUUUUAAUGAUGUCAAGGUGAAAAUUGAACUUGUAGUGAUUUAGUGUUCAUUGACAAAAACAUGAUCUCCGUGAUGCAGUGUCCUCUCUCAGGUGUCUGGGGAAGGCAUCAGGGGGGCAACUAGCAUAAAGAAGAAUAAUUUUUACUUGUACAUAGGUAUCAUCUUGUGUUUGCACGUUGUACGACUCAUCAGAUAGAUCUCGCAAUACCGCUCUCUUGUGAAAUGCCGAACUCGUCAUACAUACACACAUACACAUACAUACAGUGAUGGAUGGAAGUUGAGUAAUGCCUUACACUCUUUCAAUAUGUUUAGCCUUUUCUCUCAUACUUAUGUUCUGCUUCCAGUCUGUCAGUUCAGUGGGUCAGAUGCCUUGAGAAUAUAAACUAAGGGGAACUGCAGGAAGUCAUCAGGCCUACACGUGGCAGUCCCUGUAUAAAGCAAGCUUACCUAUCCCCACCGAUCAUCCUUAUCCAAAAUUUUGUCUGAUCUUUUGAAGCUCCCUGAUGAUGCUCUGCUAAUGUAUUGGGUCUUGAGUGCAUUCCAUCCAUCCUCCUCUCUAUUGUGAGAACCAGUUUCUUCUGAUAUCUCUUAAAAUUUCACUAUUUAGCUUGAACCCAAUAUUUCCUGUCCUAUCUUGAUUACUGACUCUGAGGUUUUGCAUUUGUUGCCUUCAUUAUUUGUUACUAUUGAGGGAAAACAUUAAACUCUGAAAUUGAGUGGAAAAUGUUACAUGACUUCUAACCACGCCUGCGCACAUUGACGCUACACCUGUACACACCUACACCACAACUCUUACACACCCUCACAUGCAUAGAAACGAGUGCAUUGUUUUAUAGAUUACUUUCAACAGUGGCGUUUUAAAUAGGACAUUGAUUAUAAAAGAAAAAAAAAAGUAAGUCUCCUUCUUUCCUUCUUUCUUUUCUCCCAGUAUAUAUCGUCAUAUUAGUCCUGUAAUAUAAACAUUUGUGUGUCGUCUCACCUCCGUGUGACUGUAUACACCAUUAAAGGAGCAUAAUUGA